GUCAGUAUGUUAUCACUGUUUCGUCUCAAGAAACGUAAGGUAUAGAUAGACGGUGCGCAAGAGUCGAGCUCAGUGCCAAACCGCGAGUCGAUACGACAAUACACAGUUUUAGUUUUUAGUGUUUUACACCGGAAUUUUAUAUCAAAAUGUUCCGGUAUCUAGUCAUAGCGUACCUAGUAGCCCUGAGCAACGUCUCUUGCGGGAACCCCAUCACCAACGAGGUUAUUGAAGAACAUGAGCUGGUCUUUGCGAUGGUUUUAAACAGACACGGUGAGCGGUCUCCCGAUGCUGAUGAGCUUUCCUUGUCAGAUCAACAGGACCUGAUAUUGAACCUCACCUACCUUGAAGGACCUGAGGGAUUAACUAACGUCGGAAAACGACGAGCCUACCAAAUAGGGAAAUUCUACCGCCAAAGGUACGGUUCCCAAGGUCACAAGCUGAUCUCAAACCUGUACCUCCGAAACGAGAUCCUCAUCAGGAGUACGGACAAGGAGAGGACGAAGAUGACCAUACAAGUGGCUAUGGCGGCAGCCUACCCACCCGAACCUGAGCAGCAAUGGGACGAGGGUUUGGGAAAGGUCUGGCAGCCUGUGCCGUAUACUGCUGUGCCGUUGUCUGAGGAUUAUCUCCGCUACUACUCCAACUGUCAGUACUUUAAGACGCUGAUGGCCGAAGCAAAGCGAGCUUCCUUGACCGAGGAGUUCUUACCAUACCUGGAUCUCAUACCCCUGAUUCAGAACAAGACCGGAGUAGACUUCUCGACAGAUCCACUGCUGUUUGAAACUCUUUAUGAUCUGUUUAGGAGUUCGAUUGGUCUCGGUCUAGACCUCCCAGACUGGGCUAAGCCAAUACUGCCUAGGCUAAGUGAAGCCGGUAGACUGGCUUACAGGCUGUAUUUCAGGACUGAUGAGAUGAAGAAGAUUGGUGGUGGAGUCCUUCUAAGCCAGUUCAUCCAAGCCGGCAACGACUUCAUAUCAGGAAAGCCAGUAUCCCAGCCGCUUCGGUCCAUCUCUGCCCACGACUUCAACAUCGGAGCCCUAAUGGAUGUAGCUUAUGUCCAGAAUGACAGCACCAUUCCGGAGUAUGGGGCUGUGUUCGCGUUGGAGUUAUAUAAGUCUAGGAGUACUGGGAGUUAUAGUGUGCUGCCGGUGUAUCUCCCCAAAGCUGGUGAGUCAUCAGCCCAUCUCCUCAGGAUCAAAGGCUGUGAAACUUCUAGUCACUGCGACUUCGACAAGUUCAAGGAGUUAACGAAGAACAACUUAUUACCAGAGAAGGAAUUCUACCAACUGUGUAAUAUCAAAACAGAGUUAUAGUUUAAGAAUGAAGUAUUAAAAGGUAGAAUCAUGGAGAAUAAAAUGAAUAGCGGAGGUGUCAUAACGGGAAAUGGCCUAAGAAAGUAGCGCGCCAAAAUGCGGGGCUAAGGAACGAUUAUUAUUACUAAACGCCUUUGUUGGACCCGACCAUUUUUUUAUAAAAUUAAUACUAAAAAUUGUUGACAUGUCUCUAAGUAGAAAAAUUGCCUCGAACGACUCGUUGGUUCACUCGUAACUGAUCGGUUUGGUCAUGCCUACCUUACAAAAACCUAGCUAGAUGAAGGAGCCUGACUGACCUACCUAUAAGGUGGGUCCCUUGCGAAUUUGACCUAGAAGAAGGGGCCCGACAUACCUGCAAUUUGGCAUCUCCGCUCAUUCCUUACUCCAUGGGUAGAAUUAAUUUAUACUGUUUAUUGACUAGCGUUACCCGCGAUUUUGUUUGUUUGUAUGUUUCUGUGUUGUGUGCCUGUUUGAUUCAGAACAUGAUAUAUUUGAGAGUCGAGUUUUGGUUGUGUAGUUUUUUUGAGGAAGACUAAAUAGGUAAAAGGUAUACAUAACUAUAGCAUAUCUAUUUAUUUAACAUUUAAAUAAAAUAUCAAUGCAAUAUAAAAAUAGUGUAGGUAAGCAUCUUUUAGCUACUUAGUCUAAUUUUAAUUACUACUUAAAUAUUGUUUUCUUGCACGUCAAUUUUGUUAUAAGCCUACACAAAACAUAUUUUUUAAGUCGUAAAUAAUUUGAACUCGUUUUGAAAAAACUACAAAAUAUGAUGAAUAGCUUUGUAAAAUACUUAAUUGUAAUUUCGACCAAGCAUCUAUCCACAAACUUGUGAACGAUGCCCUAUUUUUACUUGUAUAAAAUGUUCUAAAUAUAUAUUUAAAAAAAAUGGAAUAUCUGUUUCAAAAUGAUAUAAGAUUUCUAAAAAAAAUACUUUCAGCAGAGUAAAAAAAAACAAUAUUUAAUUUAUAAGGAGUGCCUCCUACCAUCUUGAGACGAAGGCACUCUACCGACACUUCUCUAAACUUUUAUAUAACUAUGUUUCAAGUGCUUCUUUUUGUUACCAAUAGAUGGCGCUGUUACAAAAUAUAGUAAAUUCUUGUAGCGUAGAACAACUUGAUUGAAACGGGUCUUGAAUUGUAAGCCCUAUGAAAGGGUAGCGUGAAGUUAAUAACUAUGUCUGUGAUAUUAUACGAAUAUAAACAGAAUGUUUGUACAAAUAAAUAAUAUUGUUAAGUGUG